GGCGACAUUAACCCUUGCGAAAACUGCGCUUCGUUGGGAACGUUGCCGUACGAGCUGCAAGAGUGGAUCUUGCUGGAAAUCCAAGACAUUCACAGCGUCGUUCGUGCUCAGAGGGUUUGCAAGGUCUGGAACGGCAUUCUUAAUGGUCGGCGCCGCAACCACCACGUUGCUGUUGAUCUGACUAAUCUAUUAGUCAAAGUCAAAGGCGUCCAGGAGCGAGUGUACCUUCAAACCCAUCUGGAUAACGCCCUCCAGAACGCCGUAACAACGGCCGCCGUGACUCUGACGCUGUAAAACGGCAAUUUGACCCCGGAGAUGGACAUGUACAUUGCUCAUUGUCUGUCAGUGAAGGCAACGCGUCUACCAGUGAUCGUCUUGAAAAAUAUUCGCUGCUUGCGCGUCAUUGAUUAUGACAAGCACUACGAGAUGCAGCGGCUGGAAUGGUGUACCCUGGGUUUCGUGAUGCAGGUUUGUCAAGUACUGCAUCUGCGUGACGUCACCUUCCCUACCGUCUUCGGUCCCAUCGCUGGGUUAUGGCGCGCGCCGGCCGGUAUUGGCCAGGAUGUCAAUGUUUUGGUGGAGAAAGCUGUGUUGGACUGCUCGCUCAGUAAAAUCGAUCGGCUGCGGCAUUUUACGCGGAUUUUGGACGCCGGAUACCCAGCGUUGUCCGCCUCUGAAUGGGAUGUAAUUGAUCAAGCUUGCCGUGCGAUGAUUACCGAUGCGGAGCAGCCGUUGCGCUGCCGGCUGUUCCUCAUGCUAAAAUUGCUGAAUGAACCGGUAACGGGGCAGCUGCAGCCACCAUUGUGCAGUCUUGCCGCCCAUGCCUACCGAUACUCGUAUGAGCCGUAUCCUACGGUGAAGCCCUCCAUUUCCGCCUCUGCUACCCUGCCCGUUGAGCGUCCCGUGACGCCAGCCAUAUCGACGGCGUCUGGGCUACAUACCGGCAUUAAAAAUGGGUGUCGUAUUCAAUAA